GGCUAUUUCUCUUUUUCCUUCUUCAUCUGCCUAAUUCGAAAAGCAAUCUCUCUGGAUUCAUUCAAUCUAAUCUUUAAAUUCAUCAAACUUUCCCCCUUUUCCACUUCAAGUCUCUUGACUCCUUUUUCAACUUUCCAUCAAGAAUCUAGUCUUUCCACAGAUUCGAAUAUGGAAAUCUAAUGUUAUUCAUGUUUCUUGAUUACUAAUUCAUCAAAAAGAUUCAUCUUUUGGUUCUGGGUCAUGGAGAAACAGAUUAGUUUUCGAAUGGGAAAGAUGGAAAAACAGCAGAGUUUUCGUGUUUCUGCUAUGGAGAAACAAAAGAGCUUUCGAAUAGCCAUGGGAAGACAGAUGAGCUUCGGUGUUGACAGAAAGAAACCUAAAGAUUCACCAGGAAAACGUGGGGAUUCUAUGCUUCAUCUCGCUUCUAGAGGAGGUAAUCUAUCAAAAAUCAUCGAAAUCGUUCAGAGUGUUGGCCUCGAUGGAUUAUCGAAACAAAAUCAAGAAGGAGAAACUCCUCUUUAUGUUGCUGCAGAAAAUGGACACUCACAUAUCGUAGCACAGUUUCUGAAACACCUCGAUCUUCAAACUGCAUCAAUCGCCGCCAACAAUGGCUACGAUCCCUUUCAUAUCGCCGCAAAGCAAGGACAUUUAGAAGUGUUGAGGGAGCUCUUGAGUUCUUUCCCGAAUUUAGUGAUGACGACGGAUUCAGCGAAUUCAACUGCUUUACACACAGCAGCUGCUCAAGGACACACAGAUGUAGUCAACUUGCUUCUUGACGCUGAUUCAAAUCUUGCGAAAAUAGCCAGAAACAAUGGGAAAACAGUGCUUCAUACUGUAGCAAGAAUGGGUCAUUUGGAAGUUGCGAAAUCUGUAUUGACAAAAGAUCCAAGCAUCAGUUUCAGAAUCGAUAAGAAAGGUCAAACUGCUCUUCACAUGGCUGUGAAAGGUCAAAACAUGGACAUGGUGGUUGAGUUAAUCAAACCCGAUCCUACUGUUUUGAGUUUAGAAGAUAACAAAGGGAACACCGCUCUUCAUAUCGCCACCAAAAAGUGUCGUACUAAGAUUGUGAAAUCCCUGCUGUCGUUUGAGGAAAUCAAUGUAAACGCAGUCAACAAAGCGGGAGAGACGCCAUUAGACAUAGCAGAAAACUCGAAAGUUUCAGAAAUGGUGAAUGUUUUACGUGAAGCAGGUGGCGCUCACUCUAAAGACUUCGGAAAGCCGCCGAACGCCGCCAAGCAACUGAAACAGACGGUGAGUGACAUUAAACAUGACGUCCAGUCACAAAUCCGGCAGACCAGACAAACUGGAUUUAGGGUUCGGAAGAUUGCAAAGAAGGUGAAGAAGCUUCAUAUAAGUGGACUCAACAACGCAAUAAACUCCGCCACUGUGGUGGCUGUUCUGAUAGCCACCGUGGCUUUUGCCGCCAUUUUCACUGUUCCCGGGCAGUAUGCGGAGGAGAAAACAGAAGGGUUUUCUCUUGGGCAGGCAAAUAUAGCGAAAAGUGCUGCUUUUAUAAUGUUCUUUUUGUUUGAUAGUUUGGCGCUUUUUAUAUCAUUGGCUGUGGUUGUGGUUCAGACAUCGAUUGUGGUGAUAGAAGAGAAGGCAAAGAGACAACUUAUGUUUGUGAUUAACAAGCUUAUGUGGUUGGCUUGUUUGUUCAUAUCGAUUUCUUUUAUUUCGCUUACUUAUGUGGUUGUGGGAGCUCAUGAGAGGUGGCUAGCCAUUUAUGCAACUGUGAUUGGUGCAACGAUUAUGCUUGCUACAAUUGGGUCGAUGUGUUAUUGUGUUGUGAGGCAUAGAAUGGAGGAGAAGAAGUUGAGAAACAUAAGGAGGGCGGAGACGAAUUCACAUUCUUUUUCGAUGAUGUCUAUGGCUUCGGAUCCUGAGAUUUACAAUGAGAAAUACAAGAGGAUGUAUGCCGUGUGAAAGGAAAUCGAUUCAUGGGUUGGAGAAAAGGAGGUUGUUACUAACUAGUUUUGGAUCAAGAAACACAAGAAGGUGUAGAACGACAUGUGAGUUUGUCUAUAUCGUUGUGUAAUGAAUCUAAUCAUGAGAAAAACGUCUAUGUUUGUAUAUAUAGUUGAUAAUACAACUUCAUUGCAGGGAAAGUUGUGUAUUCUUUGCUUUUUUGAAGUGAUUCUUAUAUCGUGAUUGUUGAGAUUACGAAUUGUAACAUCCCACAUAUUUUAAACGAAGAACCCGAUGAAUCUAGAA